AUGAGCUUUCGACCAAUACUGCCGCGGCCAAUUGCAGCGCGGGAUGCGAAUUCACUAUGUCUGCGAUGUUGGCGCAGACUCGCAAAAGCGCCGCUGCAGUCCCGGAGACCAUUUUCUUUCAAUCCGUCAUAUAGAGACGACGCCAUAGUAGCCGGACGAGGCGGUACUGCUUUCGGCAAGGACUACUUCCGGGCGAACCCACUACUAAAGGACACAUUCUGGAGGUCGGGGCCAGAGUUACAGAGCUCGAUUCUGUCUAUCAAAUCGGCGAACGCAGGCGGGCAGCAAGCGGCGAAGGAGGAUGGCACAACUGGCACAGAAGAAGUGUUACCACAUAGGCGGCGGAAGAAAGCAAAAGAGCAGGCAUUAGAAAACCCAGAGACGGCAUACCCAAUACCACACGAUGCGUCGUCCAAGCUGGCACACAUAUCCUCGAGCCUCCCGCAGCAAUCGCUCAAGCGCAUGAUGACUACAUACCUCUCGCUAUCGAAACCGCGCCUCUCCUUCCUCGUCGUCCUCAGUGCAACGGCCGCAUACUCGCUAUACCCCGUACCAGGUCUGCUCGCCCCCGCAGCAACAGCCACUCCGUCCCUCUCGACCCUCACACUCUUCUUCCUCACAUCCGGCACUGCGCUGUGCUCGGCAUCCGCAAACGCCUUCAACAUGAUCAUGGAGCCCGCACACGAUGCCAAGAUGAGUCGUACGCGCAAUCGGCCUCUCGUCCGGAAGCUUAUCAGCCCACGAGGCGCCAUCAUCUUCGCAGUCGCGUGCGGGGUGCUUGGUACCGGCGCCCUCUACUAUGGCGUCAACCCCACGACAGCGUUCCUUGGCGCCGCCAACAUUGCCCUUUAUGCGGCCGUGUACACACCCAUGAAGCGCAUGCACAUACUGAACACUUGGGUUGGCGCCAUCGUGGGAGGCAUUCCGCCGCUCAUGGGUUGGACGGCUGCAGCGAGUCAGUACGCCCAUGACGGAACUUGGGAAGAACUGCUGUUUGGUGAGGGUUCGGCUGGAGGGUGGCUGUGCGCUGCGUUGUUGUACGCCUGGCAGUUCCCCCACUUCAAUGCGUUGAGCUGGGCCAUCCGCGACGAGUACAAGAACGCGGGCUACCGCAUGACAGCCUGGGUGAACCCUGGGAUGAAUGGACGUGUCGCACUGCGAUACUCUGUUCUGAUGUUUCCUGUCUGUAUCGGUCUGUCAUACUGCGGCGUAACCGACUGGAGCUACGUAGCCACGAGUAGCGUCGUCAACGGCUGGAUGGCACUCAAAGCCUGGCAGUUCUGGAAGGCUGAGGGACAGAAAGGAACUGCUAGAGGUCUGUUCUGGGCUAGCAUCUGGCACCUUCCCAUUGUCAUGGUACUCGCCAUGGCCCAGAAGAAGGGACUUGGAGAACGUAUUUACCGCAGCAUUUUCGGCUAUGCCGACAUUGACGAAGAGGAUCUGUACUACGAAGCCGGCGAGUUCGAGGCAGAGGAGCAGAAGCAAUUGGCCCUCGUCGAGAGCAGACGAAACGCCUGA